AUGGUCUUUGUCCCGGGGAUGCAAACCGAGGCGCGCAGCGUCAAUCCGGGACAGCUGGUCGAGAUGUUUGACUCGUCGUGGAGGGUGCGGAACAUUUGGGACGGGGUGAGGCUGGAGGUGACGGAGGACCGCAGCCCGGUGGUCCUGCACAGCCUCACACACCUGGACCCGGACCUGCCGCUGCUGGAGAGCUCGACGCAGGAGAUCGGCGAGGAGGCCGAGGAGGAUGCCAUCUUCACCAUCACGCUGAGGAAGGUGCAGCUUCACCAGUCGGCCAGUAAGGGGCAGCGAUGGCUGGGCGUGGAGACGGACUCGGCCCUGAGCCUCUACGAGACCUGCAAGGUGCGCACCAUCAAGGCCGGCACGCUGGAGAGGCUGGUGGAGUACAUGGUGUCGGCGUUCAGGGGCAAAGACUCCACCUACGUCACCAUCUUCCUCUGCACCUACCGCUCCUUCGCCACCACCAAGCAGGUGCUGGAUCUCCUGCUCAACAGGUAUGCCAAGCUCCCAAACGUCCCUGCAGCCACAGCACACAGAGUCUCCCAGGACGACUGCACAGAGCUGAGAAACACUGUGUCGUCCAUCCUGGGCGCGUGGCUGGACCAGUACUCCGAGGACUUCUGGAGCCCGCCGAACUACGACUGUCUGCACCAGCUCAUGUCCUACCUUCACCUCCACUUCCCCGGCUCGGACCUGGAGCGCCGCGCCCGCAACCUGCUGGCCCACUUCCACCGCCGACAGCAGUGUGAGCCUGAUCCUGAUGGGGAACACAUCGGCUGCCCUUUCGCUACGCAGGAAGAGAGCGGCUUUGAGGACGAGCUUCCUGCCUUCAGUUUCCUGUCGUUUGACCCCAUCAUGGUGGCAGAGCAGUUCACACUCAUGGACGCGGACCUGUUUAAGAAGGUGGUGCCGUACCACUGCCUGGGGGGGAUCUGGUCUCAGCGGGACAAGAAGGGGAAGGAGCACCUGGCUCCCACUAUCAGAGCCACUGUGGCCCAGUUCAACUCCGUCACCAACUGUGUCAUCACCACCUGCCUGAGCAACCCGGCGCUGAAGCCCAACCAGAGAGCCAGGCUGCUGGAGAGGUGGAUAGACGUGGCGCGGGAGUGUCGGAUUCUAAAGAACUUCUCCUCGUUGCGAGCCAUCCUCUCCGCCCUGCAGUGCAACGCCAUCCACCGCCUGAAGAGGACCUGGGAGGAAGUGUCACGGGAGAGUUUCCGCACCUUCCGCGAGCUGUCCGAGAUCUUCUCAGACGACAACAACUACUCCCUCAGCAGAGAGCUGCUGGUGAAGGAGGGCACCUCGAAGUUCGCCACUUUGGAAAUCAACCCCAAACGAGCUCAGAGGAGACAUCAGCAGCAGAGAGACCUGGGAGUGAUGCAGGGGACGAUUCCCUACCUGGGGACCUUCUUGACAGACCUUGUGAUGAUGGACACUGCCAUGAAGGACUACACUGAGGGUGGUCUGAUCAACUUUGAGAAGAGAAGAAAGGAGUUUGAGGUGAUCGCUCAGAUCAAACUGCUCCAGUUGGCCUCCAACAACUACAGUUUCACUCAGGACAGCCACUUCAGGGAGUGGUUCGCAGGCGUGGAGAAACUCAGCGAAGCAGAGAGCUACAAUCUGUCCUGUGAAAUCGAGCCUCUGUCUGAGUCGGCCAGCAACACGCUCAGAGCCAAGAAGAACGGAGGAAUCAUGAAGCGCUGGAGCGACCGGCAGUUGACAGAGGCCGGCUGCAGCAGCGCUCCAGGCUCUCACUCCAAGUCCUUCGACCACUCGCACUACAGACCGUACCAAGGAGGAGGAGGGGACAGCGGCGACGCUCUCAGCGUCACCUCCGUCAGCUCCAGUGGGUCAGACCUGGAAGACGUGAACGCCAGCUUCCUGUCAGAUUCUCCAGAGGGACAUGAGAGAAAGACGUCAACUCCUUCAGUGAAACUCACCGUCUCUGCUUUGGGGAGAGACGCUCCACCAGCAGAUACAACGUCAACGUUCUGGGAGUGCACGUCUCUGUCGUCUCUGGACACCUCGGGGACGGGCUCCAGCUCCGGCUCGGCCUCGGGCUCCAGCAGCGCCUCCUCCUCCUCUGUCUCCUCCUCCACCCCACUGUCCGCCUCCCGCUCACACAAACGCUCUGUGUCGGCGGUGUCGAACUACUCGACUCUGUCGCUGCCGCUGUACAACCAGCAGGUGGACGACUGCUGCAUCAUCAGGGUCAGCCUGGACGUGGAGAACGGAAACAUGUACAAGAGCAUCCUGGUGACGAGUCAAGACAAGACUCCAGCCGUCAUCAGGAAGGCGAUGAUCAAACACAACCUGGAGCGAGAGAAGACCGAAGAGUACGAGCUGAUGCAGAAAAUCUCUGAGGACAAAGAGCUCCGGAUCCCGGACAACGCCAACGUUUUCUACGCCAUGAACUCCACUGCCAACUACGACUUUGUGCUGAAGAAGCGCGGCCUGGCCCGGCCGAUGCGAGCCAAGAACGUCGCCAGUUCGACGCUGCCUCGCAUGAAACAGAAGGGACUGAAAAUCGCCAAAGGGAUUUUCUGAGGAGAAACGACGCACCACUUCCUGCCUCCCCUCCGCCCCCUUAACCCUCUCUGGUCUCCAACUUCUCAGAAGAAACAUUUGAGUUCGGGUCUGUCGGAGUUGGCACACUAACCUGAAGUAUCUGAGUUUUGGUUUGGACAGAGAUGCCAGAGGAGAGAAAUGACCAACCUUUCUGUGGAUAAGCAGAAAGCAGAGGAGCACCUUAGCACUUAGGGACAACUGUUGUGUCAUCAGGACCCUCCCAGGACUCUAAAAGGCCGAGUGCGACGCAGGAAACGCCCUGAUGGAAGCUGUUUCCUGAAGGCUGCGAGUUCAGGACAACAAAAGGACACGUUUGUGGGAAAAACAAACAGCCGCGUUGGUGUUGGGCGCUGCUGCUCGGAGGCUAGUCGAACUCUUUACCAGUCUCCGCUCGGUCUGAAACAUCACGCAACCGGUCAUGUUGGCUCGUGGAGAAGACGAUCCAUCUCAUUUCCUGAUCCAUUACUUUUUGUUUACAACUGUUUACAUCUCAGCGUCACUCGGCCAGCUCUUAAACAUUUUUGUCCAAGCCUCUUGCUUGAUUUUUUUUGCACCUUCGAUGAAACUAUUUUUUAAAACCCCAGAGUCCCUCGGCAGCCUUCAACUUCAGUCUUCAUGCACGCCCCCUCCUGGCAUGGAGUGUACAUACACGAACAAUACGAACAGCCGGGUGUUCGAAUGUGUUUCUAUUUUUUCAGGGAACUUUUCUUGUGAGUGUACCGCCGCCUUUACCGUCUGGCCCCCGGGGUUCCUGAUGUCGACAGUGUUUCUGGGACUGCAGCACUGAACUCUCCACUCUGCGGACGCUGGGACUGGUUUCAGCAUUUUAACACCAGCGACGCUGACGUGGAGGCAUCUGAACUCUUUAAACUUCUGAACGCUGCCAUGUUACAAAAAGAAAAAAGGUCAAGUGAAGUGGAAACAUGGUGUCAAAAUCCAGUGGGCACAGCCAUGAAUCACAUGCCAGUGUUUUCUUUUUGUUAUUUUUAUUAAUGAAUCGUAACCACUACACCGUGAAGGAUGUGGCAGUCCUUUGAUCGCACUUGACUGGGAUACAAAAUGUUCCCGAGGGAAGAACAAAUGAGCUGAAAACAAAAAAAAAAAAGAACUGUGUGUAUAUAUUGAUUAACACCAACUGUGCAGUAUAUUCUUUUGAAACGGACCAUGAGAUUUUGUUAAUAGACUCGUCACAAUAUCAACACUUUUUUCCAUUUUUGCUUUGUACAUUUUUUCGCAUCUCUCUGCUCUGAUAUGGUGCUGCUGCUAACUAUCACGUCACUGCUUUCUCUACUUCCUGAACGCCGCCGCCAUGUUGGAAGACGACACGAGCAUCUCUUCUCACCUGCGGAGUGAGACCUUUAAAUGUUGGGUUUGCUAUUGUCAGAAAAUUCUGUCCAAUGUAUGGAAGCCCAUUUCUGCCAGAAAAAGAAAAACAAGAUUAAAAAAAAAACAAAAAUACUAAACUUUGACUAAUUACUCAUAAGUUUGAAUUACUAUGAACAGAUGUGACAGUAAUGAGUAUUUUCCCAUUGAUUAUUCUUUCGGUCUCUCGAUUAAUCAUUUAACAAGUUAUUGUCUUAAAUGAACUUGUCUUAUCUGACAGUCUAAAGCUGAACGUUUAUUAAAUUACUGUCACAUGAAACAGAGAAAUGUAAAGUGAUAACCAUAGAUUUUUGGUAUUUUCACAUUAAAAAUGACUUAAACGAUUAAUCGCUUAUCAAAAGAGUUGCUGAUUGUUUUUGCUGGUCGACUAAUCGAUUAACUAGACAAUUGUUUUAGCUCCAUUCAUGAGUAUUUUUAUCAUUGCAAAUUAAUUAAUUGCAAGAAAGAGUUAAAAUAUUUAGUUUAUUAAAUAUUUUUUUCUUCUUGAAAAGCAACAUUUUGACCAUCGAAGACACUAAAAGCUGACUUGAAUUAUUAUUGUUAUUAUUUUAUAUGAGGAUAGUAUGUCGUGUUCCUGAAUCACUGCAGUAGAGAAACUCUGGGACACGAAACGCAAUUUAUCAAAGAAUAAAUAAAUAAUAAAUAUAAAAUAAAAUAAAAUAACAUAAAUGUAUCAAAACAAAAUAUUCUGUCAGGUUAGCAUGUUUCUCUCGUUGUGGUCAGAAAAGAAUAUUCAACAUUUUCUGUAACAGCAAACUGAUAUUUUGGUUUAACCCUGGUCUCCACCGCUGCACCAGAAGAAGAGAUGGACUGUGUUUUAGUGGUUUGGUUCUUCCAACAUGGCGGAUCAUCCUUCAUAUCCAUCAGUAACCACUUUCCAAAUGUGCCAUGACAGGCUUGUGUGUUGCAGACGCACCCGACGCGUCCUGCUUAUUUAUCCUGCAGGACGUUCUUUCUUGCGGUGUCGGCUGUGCUUGACGUGCCGGUGUUGACAGCAGAGUCUUUCCUCUCUGGGCUCUUUCUCUCUUACGGAAAGUGUGGAAAAGAUUUUGACGACAUCCAGACGUGGAAAACUUGUCAAAAUACAGAAAAGCUCCUUUAAAUCCGGCAGUAGGAGCCCAGACGAACGACGGUGAUGCUGCCAAGCUGCACACGAGGGAACAAACUCUUCUCUCUCUUCUUUCUGUGCUGUUCAUGAUCUGUUUCUUUCAAGGAAAAAUCCAACCGAAAAAACAUCUUAUCACUGUUUUAAAAAAGAAGAUUUUGGUGACGCAUUUUCCAUUUUUUGGGGGCCAUGUUUCUUUUAUUCCCAUGGAUACAAAGUCACAUUUCUAACAGCUACAAAACUUUUUAAAGGGCUUCUUUUCUGGAUUCUACAUUUUCCCUCCGUUAGCUUGUUCUGUUGACCGUUAGCUUAGCCACAACCCCAUUAGCUCAUAUGCAGCUACAAUGACAAUAGAGGCACGUUAACCAUCAAAAGUCUAAGUUAUUUCUUAAGGAGUGGGUCCCAAAAAUAGACAAAAGCAGCUUCUCAUUUCAAGCCAGCAGACUGCUGUCGCUAACAGAUUUUGUCAGCCGUUGCGAGAACCCUGUAAAAUGGAUCCUUAAUAUUCACUUACAUACAUGAUAUCAUGCUUAAGGCCUGAGGCUAAUGCUAACUGGCUCAAAGUCCUCACCAGAGGAUGAUCCAUUCAAAAAACAUGGAAGUUAAGAAACAGCCUGUAUUGACUUAUUGGUCCUAGUAUUAUAAGUAUGAUGAGGAAAAACUGAAUGUAAUGCAUGUCCUGGUUUUGGCUCGUUAGCUUACAUACUUCACAUACUUUUCGCAUCUUUUCGCUUUAAAGAUGAGGACUGACGAAUGUGUCAACAAAUGUAAAUCUUUGGUAACACUGGCACGAGUGUAAACUUCCCCAAAUCCAAUGUAGAGCAGGACAGAGCCACUGACGUUAGCCUAAACUCUGAUAGCAUCCAGGACCAGCUUCCACAAACUGUAGAGAAAAUACGACACAGUGGAUGUGUUAGUCGUGAACAGGACAUUUUUCCUUACACACAAACUGAUGAAAUGUUUUAAUGAUGUGCUUUUUGGCCCUGAAAGUAAACACCAAAAGCGAUAAUGAUGUUAGCAUCCACACUGAUGAACAAUAUUGUUCUGUUAACAGUGGUGCCAAGAACAUGUUGCGUGCUCCAGGCGGCAGUAAAUUUCAAAAGGCCUUUGAUUGGCAGUCAGAGUUUCUAUCGUCGAUCAAAUCGCUCUGAAAGUGAUCCCAACGAUAUUGUUUUCCAGUGUCGUUGUUGCUGUAGUUACAGUGUGGACUAAACUAAAAACGAUGGCCCUUAAGACUCACUUACUUCUGAAGGUUGUAAAACAGUUAGCCGGACAUGCUAACGUUUGCGGGUCUUGUUAGAGCAGAUAAACCCACAGAUUAAUGCACGUCUCACACUUUUGCUUUUGUGUUUUUAGAAAUGCUUAAAAAGUUACGAAACUUUGAACGUGCCGAGCUGUAGCUAUGAUUGGACAGUUGCUGUUGGGAGGUGGCGCAAAAAGCCUGUUACAUCAACAGCCAAUUUUCAGACCCUUUCCCUGAGUGCUGUUGCAGAGCAUCCUGGGAAAUGUAGGAAAUCACCAAUUAAGGGAAAGUGGCUUCACCAAAAAUGCUUUAUGACUGAAUAUCAAAGGUUGGAUUCUUCCUGAGUUCUUCAUAUCACAACAAAACACUACAUUUGCCUGGAUUGCACUGCGACCAUGUAUUGCCUUUUUUUUUUUUUUUCUUAUUUCCACCUGCAUGAAGUUCAUAAUUCUCUUAACGAUCAAGUGAAUGAAACAUAUCCCCCGCACCCCUGAAAAACCCUGCGAAAGCAAUAUGGUGACGAGCGGCAGGAGGCACGUCGUCCAGCUGUCGUGGAUGUUGUCCGUGCCCCCGUGGCGUGAAAUCCUUCGCUGUUGAACACUGUGACCUUUGACCCCCUUUCACUCUGCCCUCUCUGCCUGUUGAUCGGCGCGUCACGUUGAGCACUGUGAACUGAAAAAAAAAAUUACGUCUCGUUCCCCCUUAGCGGUGUCGUAGUAAACAUCCGCUUGCUCGUCUCGUUGGCGAGCAGCGAAGGCGUCAGGCUUGACCCUCCAUGUGCCAAAAAAAAAACAAGGAAAGAGAGAAAAAGGUUUUAAACAGACAAGUCCUCUGCCUUUCACAGUGGAAAAAAAAACCAAGUUUAUAUGUUUACUGUUGUCGCAUUUUUCUGGAAAACAAAAAAAAAGGGUGAAAACACUAUGAUGUCUGGACCCGUUUCCCUGUGGAGAAUUAGAUGUCGAGUCGUCCGAGAAACUUGAAGCAAAGAUGUUUGUCCGGAGCUGCAGAUGAAGCUGUUGUAGAAACUUUCAUAAAUUAAUCCUCCUUUUUCUCAUGUUUUAAUGUCGCCUUUAAUUUCUGUUCAGGAUCAAACUGCUGCUGGAUUUGCCUAUAUUCAAAACUGGACCGUCAAACCAGCAGCUCGUAACCAUACAGCAGGUUUUUAUUCCAACCAAACUUUAUAUCUGACAUGAAAGAAACAAAGAAUCUCACUCACUUUAUUAACAAUGUUUUAGGUAAUAAAGUGAGUACAAGUGGUCGACAUGUCUUAAGUUUUUAAUGCUGCACACUCAUCAAAAACACUUCAUGGCGUGCAGGAACGUUACAUUAUUCUAUAUAUUUCAUCCCACUGGUGCUCAACAUUUUACACAAGACUUUAAUGUAUUUUUACUUUCUUUUUGGCCAAGUUUCAGGCAUGAAAACCACUUGAGAACGUCAGAACGUAUAUCAGAGUUCCUCCUCUGUUGUGUCGGAGCGACAUCUUUGCAACAUGACCUUUAAUGCACCAUGAUGUCUGUAAAAAAGUGUUUUAGUAUCUCCUACUUGAUGUCAUAAAUUAAUGUAGACUAUGGAGCAGCAGUUCACACUAAAACCAUCAACUUUUACAGAUCCCUGAAAAAGACAUUUUUGGCCACAUUAUUCUGUAUGUUUGUCUGGUGGUCAAAAACUCCCAUGAAAAGAUCAAAACAAUGUGUUUGUCCCUCCAGGAUUUUGCGGUCUGAUUGCUUUGACUGAUUUCACGGCAACUGUUCUAAAAAAUUGCGAUGGUUGCUGCAGUGUUCGUAGGAAAAUUGAAAAAAUGGCUGUGAUGCUGUCUUGGAUUCGUGAUGCCGCCUAUCAAAGCAGCACUCAAGGAUCGUCCCCGUUAGCUGCUCCCCUCAUGCUCUCUCUGCCUGGUUAGCACAAGCUAACUCGGCACAAUGUGAUCUUAUCCCUACUUGUCAUCUUUCGCUGUGUAGGCCGAAGCCCCGCAGCAGUUAACAUCCGACACAGAGCCGUUUAUCUCAAACCGACACAGAAACGGCUCGGCUUGAUUCUGCCGUUAAACCUGUUGAAAAACCCUUGGGUAACGUUAGCCGUGUGAUGCUAACAGUUAGCCCCGUCACUGUGUGUCUGUGACUCCAGGCACAGAACCCCAAAUCAAUACACUGUAUGCAGCUCUACAAUAAAAUGAGAUUUUAUCCUUUUUAAAUAGUAAAACUUGGAGAAAAGUUACACAAAAUUGCAAGGUUGUGCAGAAUUCACACUUUGCAUUAAUUAUUGCGACCACAACAUCGCGACAUCCUGGAGGGACUGGUUAGUCCAUCUCUCAGUACUGUCUGACUUCCUUAGAUUCUACUGAAGACGUAAAUAUUUGAAAUAUAUGGCUUCUUUUCCUUAUGUUUUCAAGGCUCAUCAAUAUCCUAAAGCAGGUGCUCACUUUUCCAAACACACCUUGAAUGCAGUGUAAGUUCCUUCUUUGUCUUUGGUUGGAAUAAAAACUUUGUUAUCAUCAGGCCUUGAAUUAAAGAACACUGUUUCCUGUAUCAGUGAUGACUUGUUUUCUGCAGCAGCUCCGUCUCAUAACAUCGAACAUAAACAUCGUGCACAUGAGUGGAACUUUAAAAUGAACUGACCCUGCGAGCGUUUCCGUGCUGAUGAGGUUGAUGUUGGACCGGUUUGUGUGUGUCGUCGUAGCCCGUGUUGACAAUGACGUACCUUUUUGUGAUUUGACCUGAUUCUGUGCGAGUUUGAACAAAAAGGCUGCGUUUACAAGAAGAAGAAAAAAAAAACUUAAAAACUGGAAACCAGCUGGUGUGGUGUGUGUGUUUUUAUUUUCAUUUCUUUGUUUUGUUCCCCUGAACUGUGCUCGGGUGCCAUUUUCCAUUUUAACAAAAAAGAAUUUCCGAACUUUUUCUAACUGCAGUCUCUUCUUUGUUUUACUUUUCCUACUUUUCCCAAGAACACAAAAACCCAUGUAGAAUACAAAACUCUCCUUGAUUAUGUCUUUGUUUAUUUAUUGAUUUGUAUAUAGAGAUUUUGUUUUGCAUUGUACAUUCUCUCCUUUCUUGGUUAUAGAUUAAUAUAUUCAUGUAUAUACGAAUAAACAUUAAGUUUAUAAAAGUAAAAA